UCUCCUCGCUUUUACCGUAGAGCACACUGGAUUGAACCAUCAGUGAAAGGACAACCGGACUAUUAGCGCUCUGGAAAAAUAAUUUGCUAUUUUCUUUUCAUUAGAAGGCUACAUUUCUCAGUAAGGACCCGUUGACAGCAGAGCCAGGAUGGAUGCUAACGGCAUAUUCUCACUUCUGUUGCUGUGUUCUGUCACUGAGCUGUGUGUGUUGGCGAGCCCUGAGGGGAAUGACUCCCAGCAGCACCAUACCCAGAACGUCUACCACGACAUCGGUGUCACCAGGAACACCAUAGUCACUGCUCAGUUUGAGUGCUAUCAGAAGAUCAUGAAAAACGACAAACACAACAAAAUAGGGCCAGUGUGUAACAGGACGUGGGAUGGCUGGCUGUGCUGGGAGGACACAGAGGCAGGCUUCACUACAAACCAACACUGUCCAGACUACUUCCAAGACUUUGACACAGCAGAAAUGGCGUCCAAAGUGUGCAGUGAAACGGGUAAUUGGUUUCUACACCCGGAGAGCAACAGGACAUGGACAAACUACACCAAAUGUACGGCAUACACCAGCGCAGGAAGAGUGACAGCGAUGAAUCUCUACUACCUGGUUCUGAUUGGACAUGGACUGUCGCUAACGUCAUUGUUCUUCUCAUUGGGAAUAUUUUUCCAUUUCAAGAGUCUAAGCUGCCAGAGGAUAACGCUCCACAAAAACCUAUUUUUUUCAUUUGUGUUGAACUCAGUCAUCACCAUCAUCUGGUUGACAGCGGUGGCUAACAACCAGGGACUAGUGCAGAGCAACCCUGUGAGCUGUAAGGUGAUCAUGUUUAUUCACCUGUACCUGUUUGGCUGUAACUACUUCUGGAUGCUGUGUGAGGGUAUCUACCUGCACACACUCAUCGUGGUGGCCGUGUUUGCUGAGAAACAGCACCUCAUGUGGUACUACCUGCUUGGAUGGGGAUUCCCACUCAUACCUGCAUUGAUUCAUGCAAUAGCACGAAGCUACUACUACAAUGAUAAUUGUUGGAUCAGCUCAAACACAUCCCUGCUCUACAUCAUCCAUGGUCCCAUCUGUGCUGCCCUGCUGGUGAAUCUGUUCUUCCUGUUGAACAUUGUGCGUGUCCUCAUCACCAAACUGAAGGUGACCCAUCAGGCUGAAUCUAGCCUCUACAUGAAGGCUGUGAGAGCCACCCUGAUCCUGGUCCCUCUCCUGGGCAUCCAGUUUGUCUUGUUCCCCUACAAACCCCAGGGACGCUUCGCCUUGGAGAUCUACGACUAUAUUAUGAACAUCCUCAUGCACUACCAGGGUCUCCUCGUUGCCACCAUCUUCUGCUUUUUCAAUGGCGAGGUCCAAGGUGUUUUGCGAAGGCACUGGAACCAGCAGAGGAUCCAGUUUGGCAGUAACUUUGCCCACGCAGACGUCUUCCGCUCAGCCUCAUACGUGGCGUCAUCCCUGACGGAGGUGCACCGCUGCUACAGCAUCGACGGGCACACCGAACACAUGAACGGCAAGAACAGCUACCACGACAUCGAGACGGUGACACCCACCAUACUCCGGUCGGACAACCCUUUUGCCUGAGGCCUGAGGCUGAAGGUCGGAAGUCGCGGGCCUUGGGUCUGUACAGUUACACAGUGGCAGUUAAACUUUCAGUUGAAAUGACUGCAGACAAUUUGGAGCUCUUUUUCCACCAUAUUCUAGAACAUUUUACAUUACAUGAACAUAACAUGGACGUUUAUAGGGAGCACUACUCAACCUCUUGAUCUGGUAAAUACAGUUACCUUCAACUGAUUCACUUUAACUUUACGAGGACUGAAUAGGCACUUAACUAGAGACACCUGUGUAAAGGAAUGGACACUACCUACACUACCUUAAGGGUAUUAGCGUAAAUAAUGGACACUACCUACACUACCUUAAGGGUAUUAGUGUAAGGAAUAAAUCUUGCCGUUUCAUCCUGUGG